AAAACAAAUAUGCCCAGGCUCGUGAAUUAGACGUCAUCACACUUGAAUCGAAAAUAACCUUGGUGAGACAUUUAUUUUAAAGUCUGUUUUGUUGCUUCUGUUUACUUAUUUGUCAAAAAAACGGAACUUCUUCUCAAGUCAAAAUGGCUCCAGCAUGUUUAUGCAGCAGGUCAGUUUUUAUUAGACGCAAUUUUUUUUGUUAUUUUGGGAAAACCAGUCAGUUGUUUUCAACUAAUAGCACUAGUUCAGCUGAAAGGAAAUCACUGUCAAAAAAACGCCGGGGAAAAAGUAAUGCUACUGAGCUGUCGUUGGAGGAAAGGCUGGCUGAUGUGGUCACUCCUCUGUGGAGGCUGAGCUAUGAUGAACAACUUGAGCUCAAGCAAAAUCACCAGCUACAGAUACUGUCUCAGCUCUCUGGGCAUCUUUCAGGUGACCUCCAAUCACAAUCCUCAUCACCUGUGAGUAGUAAACUCAGCUUCCCUGUCCUGCCUAUCCUGCCUUCCCCAGUUAGGGAUGGCUACCGCAACAAGUCUACUUUUUCUGUCAAUAGAGGAGUGGAUGGAAAUGCAAAGACAGUUGGAUUCUACGUGGGCACAUGGAGGCAACGAAACAUCGUUUGUGUCAACGGGGACCACCUGCUCAACAUGCCAGAGAAGCACAAACUGGUAGCCAGAUGCUACCAGAACUUCUUACGCCUCUCUUCCCUAGAGUCAUGCCUGCUGUUUCACACUGGAGGUCACUGGAGAGAGAUCACAGUGAGGACCAACACUGAGGGUCACACCAUGGCUAUAGUGUACUUCCAUCCACAGACACUCACCCCAGACGAGGUGGCAGUCCAUAAGGCUGACCUGGUGGAUUACUUCACAAAGGGUCCUGGAUCAGUGUGUCAGCUGGACUCACUGUUCUUCCAGGAGACUAACAUGACCCGCUGCACUCAUGAGGAAUCCCCCUAUCAUCUCCUACAUGGUCAGCCACACAUAUAUGACGAGGUUCUGGGCUUCAAGUUCCGCAUUUCUCCUGACGCCUUCUUCCAGGUGAACCAAGCCGCUGCUGAGGUGCUGUAUGGCACAGUGAGAGAUCUGUGCACCCCAAACACCGGGCAAGGUGGUGGACAACCAAAAGUUGGUGGUACUCUUCUGGACGUGUGUUGUGGGACUGGUGCUAUCGGCAUUAUUGUAUCCCCCCGAGUGGACAGAAUCAUUGGUAUAGAGCUCAUAGAACAAGCUGUGGAAGACGCACGACACAAUGCAGCUUUCAAUAAUGUACUAAAUUGCGAGUUUAUCCCUGGGAAGGCAGAGGUGGUGCUGCCUGGCCUCAUGUCUCAGUUGAGCCCCAUAGAUGGAGGCCUCACGGCUGUGGUCAACCCUUCCCGGGCUGGCCUGCACUACCGAGUGGUCCGAGCUUUACGGAACCAACCUGGUAUCCACCGGCUGGUCUUUGUUUCCUGUAAGCCAGAUGGAGAGGCAAUGAGGAACUUUAGGGAGCUUUGCUGCGCACCGGACUUGCAGAAAAAACUCACAGGAGAUGCGUUCACUCCAACUCUAGCUGUGCCUGUGGACAUGUUUCCACACACUCCUCACUGUGAACUGGUGCUGCUCUUUGAGAGGUAGCAGAUGGAGGGCUUUAAAGCUGUUUGUGUAAGUGUAUAUUUGCUUUAAAAUAUAAUUAUUAUGGCUUUUUUUUUAAUCCAUUUAAGGUAUGAGGCUUGCUUUAUGAAGGCUGCCAUCUUCAGCUGCAUGAACCACAAAAUAUAAAAAUAAAUUAGGAGAGUAGGGAGUGUUGUGAAAGAGUGUUUACAUCCCAAAGGCUGCCGUAGUUCCACAAAAUGCUUGGGAAAGUGAGAGGUGAGCAGACAAGUCUAUAUAUUUUCUGCAUUCUGCAGUCUGUCCAGUAGAUGCCACCAAUUAUCACUAAUUCUUACAAACUGGACCCUUAAUGCUUUGCCAGCAGCACUUGUUCACUGAUUCAUUUUCAGUUUGUGGAUAAAGCAAGACAUUUGAGAACAUCAUUUCUAGGUUUGGGGAACGCUGAUGAACAUUUUCUGACAAGUACUUGAUCAAUUAAGAAAAUAAUCAACCGUUUGAUCAAUUACAAAUAAUGAUUAUUUGCAGCUCCUAUCAGCAAUAUAAGAAAAGUAUGUCACAGCCUUUGUCCGUUUGGCCAAUAUAUCAUACCUGGUCAUAAUGUGUUACAUCAUCCCCGCUGUACUUCCCCUGUCUGUGACCUGCAGUGGCAGUGUUUGUGCAGUAGGUGGUGCUGUUGCAGCCUGAUUCACCCCAUCCCUCUAAUAAACACUGGCUUCAAACAGCUGUUACCCAACCUCAUCACAUUCAUUCCAGUACAUUGAGGGUCAUAAAACAUUGUGAGUACAGUGUGAGCAGCACAUUUCCUCCCCCUGCUGCGGUCACCAUCGUUUAAGUGAGGUCAUUUAUUGCAACAGGGGUUGAAGAUCGGAUGUUGUAUUAUCUCCAGAGUGAAGUAAUGGUAAGAUUGUGGUUAAAUCAGCCAGAAUGAGCCAGACUGAGCCAGAGGAAAUGAACUUUUGUAGCCUCACAGGAACUCAACACAAGGGUGCUGGGGUUCAUGUGCAUGUGCAAUCUCAUGUUUUAGACUUCAGAAUAAAAAAGAUGAUGUGAUGUGAUUAUGUGCAC